AUGGACCUCACGCCUCCCUCACUGACCAACUCGCCCAACUCGCCACAUCGCAAAGCCAGUGAUUCGCCGCCAUAUACAAUGGUGGCAGCUGGUUGUUCGCCUGACAUACGGAGCAGCGACUAUGCCACGUUCAGCGAUUUCGACAGCGUCUGUGGCUUGUCUUCCCAGUCCUAUGAGCCUCUAAUCGACCCUGAAUUGACACAAGCCGUCGACGUGGGAAGCCCAUUUGCUUCGCUGGAUUCGGUGCCGGCCAGUGUCUCUUGGACAACGCCAGACGUGUCCACAGCACCUUCACCUACCAUGUCUACGACGUCCACAAUGCCAGCCACUGUGUCGCCAGACUAUGGCAAGCACCUCGGCGCGUACGACUCACCUUGCCUUCCAACAGCACCGGCGUAUCCUAUAGGCGGCGGUAUUGCGAGGAACGCGACUCGCUCCCCUCCUCUAGUCCGUACGUCACCAGACCCUAGCCCUGAAGCUAAAUCCAGAGGAGCAUCGUCCUUUGCGUCCUCAAGGGGGUCUUUCAGCUAUGUGAGCAGUUCGCUGCCGUCGAAGUCCCGUAUGGAAAGCUCCAUAUCCUACCGUCACGUACAUGAGCCAACGCAUUAUCCGCAUCCUGGGCCCCUGACGCUGAAGAGCCAAACCGGGGUUCAAAUUCCCUACAGCCACAUACCCCAUAUGCUUCUACCUAUGGAGUCAUCUGCGAAUCAGGCGAACGUGCUGGGCACUUUUCAUCGCGCAAAUCCAACACAGCUUGUCCGGAAUGCGGACACAAGCCCAUCGGCCUCGUUGCUUGACAGCAGCGUCCGGAACUGGAGUCGUGUGAAGAAAGCUAAGCGGCGUCCAACACGAAGACAUACCACCCAAGAAGAAGCCAAUUUCCAAUGUCAAGUCAGGGGCUGUGGCAAGUUCUUCAGCCGAAGCUACAACUUCAAAUCGCACAUGGAAACGCACGACAACCGCAGGGAAUACCCAUUUCCGUGCGAAGUCCCACAUUGCACAAAGAGAUUUGUGCGCAAGACGGACCUACAAAGACAUCACCAGAGUGUUCAUAGUAAGGAGCGGAACCACAAAUGUGAUUACUGCGGCCGGCUAUUUGCCCGGAAGGACACACUACGCAGGCAUAUGGAGGACGGUUGCUCAAAGAGAUUCGAGGUUGGCAUGCUCGAAGCUCCAUCAGGAGAUUAUGCUGCGAAACCGACCCGGUCAGAGGAAAAUGUCGCAGAGCGCAACUCAGGACCGCCACCUCAUCCAUUACCUCCCCCGCCCUCGACCGGAGCGAUGCUACUCACCUCCAUCAAUAAUGACUCACAAGCAUUGUUCUAG